CUAGAAGAAAAUUUGUUUGAAGGGAAGAACUAAUUGGAGUUUAAGCACACACGUAGACAAGAUGUUAACGCUUCUUGAUUCUAUGGCGCGGAUUCAAAGAUGAAAUCCCACCCAUUUCCCCUUCACAUUAUCAAACAACGACAAAAAAAAUUGGACGCGAUUUCUCUGGAAUUCUUCGAUUUUUUUUUUCUCUUUAUUUAACAGAUUGAAUUGAAGCAAUCGGCUGAAAUUUCGUCGGAGUUAUGGCUUCCUCCGCCACUAAUACUCUUCUAUCUUCAACCUUCUUCGGAACUAACACCUUAAUCUCUCCUCCCACACCCAAAACCACCAGAUCGGCGACGCGUUUGCCUUUCAUUUCGAGGAGGAAGCUUGUUCUUACGCGAAGCGUUCUUAGUGAGAAACCCAAUUUUGAACACUUCAAGUCGAUUCCAUCGCGAGCUACUUUGGCUGCUCUAAUCUUCUCUUCGAUUGCGCCACAAGCUCUAGCCGUGGACGAUGCUACCCCUCCUCCGCCGCCUCCUCCGGUAAUUGAAGCUCAAGCGGCGAGUCCCAGCACUUCAACUUCCUCGCCCUUCUCUCAGAAUCUCCUUCUCACUGCUCCGAAACCCCAAUCUCAAUCGGUUUCGGACCUUCCCGAAGGUAGCCAAUGGCGAUACAGUGAAUUCCUGAAUGCGGUGAAGAAGGGGAAGGUGGAACGAGUUAGGUUUAGUAAAGACGGCUCUGCGCUUCAGCUUACUGCCAUCGAUGGCCGUCGUGCCACUGUGAUAGUCCCCAAUGACCCUGAUCUUAUCGACAUUCUUGCCAUGAACGGUGUUGAUAUUUCGGUGUCUGAAGGCGACGCUGGAAAUGGAUUGUUCAAUUUCAUUGGUAAUUUGUUGUUCCCCGUUUUGGCCUUUGCUGGAUUGUUCCUCCUCUUCCGCCGUUCUCAGGGUGGCCCCGGCGGCCCCGGUGGAUUAGGUGGGCCGAUGGAUUUUGGAAGAUCAAAAUCCAAGUUCCAAGAAGUACCUGAAACUGGCGUGACUUUUGCCGAUGUAGCUGGAGCUGACCAAGCCAAGCUUGAAUUGCAGGAAGUGGUUGAUUUCUUGAAAAACCCAGACAAGUACACAGCUCUUGGAGCUAAAAUCCCAAAAGGGUGCCUCCUUGUUGGGCCGCCCGGUACGGGAAAAACUCUUCUGGCGCGGGCCGUGGCUGGUGAAGCUGGCGUGCCAUUCUUCUCGUGUGCUGCCUCAGAAUUUGUAGAACUGUUUGUUGGUGUGGGUGCUUCGAGAGUGCGGGACUUGUUCGACAAGGCCAAGUCCAAAGCGCCUUGCAUUGUGUUCAUUGAUGAGAUUGAUGCUGUGGGGAGGCAGAGAGGGGCCGGUCUUGGAGGUGGGAAUGAUGAGAGAGAGCAAACAAUCAAUCAGCUAUUGACUGAGAUGGAUGGGUUUUCCGGUAAUUCUGGUGUGAUUGUAUUGGCUGCUACAAACAGACCAGAUGUUCUUGAUUCUGCUUUGCUCCGGCCCGGAAGGUUUGAUAGACAAGUUACCGUAGACCGUCCUGAUGUUGCUGGGAGAGUCAGGAUUCUUCAGGUGCACUCAAGAGGGAAGGCACUUGCUAAAGAUGUUGACUUCGAAAAGAUAGCAAGGAGAACCCCUGGUUUCACUGGAGCUGAUUUGCAGAACUUGAUGAAUGAAGCAGCCAUUCUUGCAGCCCGGCGUGAUCUCAAGGAAAUUAGCAAAGAUGAGAUAUCAGAUGCUCUUGAGAGGAUAAUUGCAGGGCCGGAAAAGAAGAACGCCGUCGUCUCGGAUGAGAAGAAGAAAUUAGUUGCAUACCAUGAGGCCGGGCACGCUCUUGUUGGAGCUUUGAUGCCAGAAUACGAUCCCGUGGCGAAGAUAUCGAUCAUUCCCCGUGGCCAAGCUGGUGGACUUACCUUUUUUGCUCCAAGCGAAGAGAGGCUCGAAUCUGGAUUGUACAGCAGAAGCUACCUGGAGAAUCAGAUGGCUGUUGCCCUUGGAGGAAGGGUGGCUGAGGAGGUGAUAUUUGGAGAAGACAACGUCACAACGGGCGCAUCGAACGACUUUAUGCAAGUUUCUCGUGUUGCAAGACAAAUGGUUGAGAGGUUUGGAUUCAGUAAAAAGAUCGGACAAAUUGCAAUUGGUGGAUCAGGCGGAAAUCCCUUCUUAGGUCAACAGAUGUCAUCCCAGAAAGAUUACUCUAUGGCAACAGCAGAUGUUGUGGAUGCAGAGGUUAGAGAGUUAGUAGAGGAGGCAUAUGCAAGGGCUAAGCAGAUAAUCACGACCCACAUCGACAUUCUGCACAAGCUUGCACAACUCCUUAUCGAGAAGGAAACCGUGGACGGGGAAGAGUUCAUGAGCCUCUUCAUUGAUGGAAAAGCCGAGUUAUUUGUUGCAUAGAAGCAUAUUGACAUGGAAUUGUAUUAUAUAUGUUCAAUACACAAAGCCGAAUGAACUAAUUAUUUCACAGAAGUGCAUACCACUUGAUUGAUAACUUACAGAUCCCAUAGUAUGCAAAAAAAUGCACCAAAGAGUUUGAGAGAA